AUGAAGUUCGCAAAGGAGCUCGAGCGCGAGGCAGUUCCUGAGUGGCGAAUCAAGUACCUCAACUACAAGGCAGGGAAAAAACACGUCAAGGCCAUCUCUUCGGCCGUUCAGAGAACCUCGGGCUCUACACCUCUGACUCGAGGCUCAAAUCGUCGCACGCCUACUUUCUAUUCCAUUGUAGAUCCCAACUCAGAGCCGACCCCCACUUUUGCAGGUCAAGACGAUGCUCCUACAAGCUCAAGAUGGCAGGGGCAACCGAAAUCGACGCCGGUGAACAUUGCGAAGAAGGCUGUCGAGGAUGAGGCCUUAAACAGCCACGAGAACAACUUACAGUAUGGCAGCUUCGUGCCAACUCCUGCUGAACAAUCGCGGCCGUUGUCUCGCGACCACCAGAGUGACGACCAUCAUGACAACCAACAUGACGACCAACAUGACAACCAGACCAACAACCAAAGCGGUGCCAACGACGACAACGAAUUUGAGUUACCCGAACCGGCAAUUUAUACGACAUCGUCAUCUCCGGGCACCAGACAGCCGCUCAGUCCCGUUAAGAAAUUUGCUCGUUUCAACUUUCACAGAUCAAAUUCGUCUGUUCCGCUAAACUCUGGAAAUCUCCCACCGCUAGGGUCGGCCAACAAUCAUGAAGAGCAGCUUCGCCGCAUCUUUUCUAGUGCAAAGGACUCUGGUCGAAUUACAGGACUUCCGCGACAAAGCCUCGAUCUUGUCCGAGAGCGAGAGCAGCAGUUUUACCAGUUUUUGGAUUCAGAGCUAGAAAAGGUGGAGAAUUUUUAUCAGAAGAAUGAGGACCGAGCUGGGCAGCGAUUGAUCAUGCUGCGAGAACAACUUCACGAAAUGCGCAACCGGCGUAUACAAGAAAUCGCCAACGAAGAGAAUAAUCGAUCAUUCUCCGGGCUGUCUACUCAAAAACCCCAAGAAGGCAAUCCCGACAAGUCCAGUGGCUGGGUGCACCCCCUCAGGAACAAAAUCUUCCCGCCAGGACCAAACUCUAAGAGCUUCCAGGACAUGCCUCAAACACCUUACAUGGCGGCAGGAGGAAGAUCGCAUGAUGGCCACAUGGACUAUGUGCGGCGGCCAGAAAACCACGAGGUGGCUUAUCGAACAGCGAAGCGGAAGCUGAAAUUGGCAAUGCAAGAGUUCUAUCGCAGCUUGGAGCUUCUCAAAUCAUACGCUAUGCUUAAUCGCACGGCCUUUCGAAAGCUCAACAAAAAGUUUGACAAGGCCGUCAAUGCUCGGCCUCCGAUGCGCUACAUGAACGAAAAGGUUAACAAAUCUUGGUUUGUUAAUAGCGAUGUUCUGGAGGGCCACAUCAAGGCCGUUGAGGAUCUCUACGCGCGAUAUUUCGAACGCGGAAACCAGAAGCUUGCGGUUGGUAAGCUGCGCAAACUGCAUAGGAAACCCAAGGACGAGUCAGGGAGCUCGUUUCUCAACGGGUUCUUCAUUGGCACGGGAGCCGUCUUUACUAUCCAGGGCCUCGUUUACGGUUCUGACCUACUCCAUCACAACGAUCUAACACUUCGUACCCAAACGAGCUACCUGUUGCAAGUAUACGCCGGCUUUUUCCUGAUGCUCAUGCUCUUUUCCUUAUUCUGCAUCAACUGUAGCAUUUGGUUACGAAACAAAGUCAACUAUCAAUUCAUCUUUGAGUUUGAUCAACGAAGUAUGCUCGAUUGGCGUCAACUGGCAGAAUUUCCAUCCUUCUUCCUCCUGCUUCUUGGGGUCAUCAUGUGGGCGAACUUCAGCAGAUACGGAGACGACUCCAUGUAUCUAUACUACCCUGUUGUUCUGAUCGGCCUCACCAUCCUCAUCAUUCUGCUUCCCUUCCCUGUCCUUUCUUACAAGAGCCGCAUCUGGGAUCUGUUCAUGGAUUUUUCCCUACUCCAGCCUCAAAGUAGGCACACUGGCCUUCGAGAUAUUCUCGCCUUGAAGCACCGCUGGAUAUACUAUGUUAUCAUGGUCGUCGAUCCCAUAUUGCGCUUUGCAUGGAUCUUCUACGCCAUAUUCACGCAUGACCUCCAGCAUUCAACCAUAGUAUCAUUCAUGGUUAGCUUCGCCGAGGUCUUCCGUCGAGGCAUCUGGUCUCUCCUCCGCGUGGAAAACGAGCACUGCGCCAACGUAGCUCAGUACAAGGCCUCGCGCGACGUUCCUCUCCCCUAUCAUAUCGAGCCCCUGAUGGAGCGCGCCAGCACCGAGUCCAGCCCUGUGAUACAACCCCAAGGAUUGCCACAGCCGCCUCAGCCGCAGCCAGCAGAGCACCCCAGCCUCUACGACUCUGCUAGCUCCACUGCCGUUGCUGGUCCUCCCAGUGGCAACCUUGCCCGGCGCCGCACCGACCUUCCUUCACCUCGCAUCACUCGAAGCUUCUCCAAAGUGCUGGCGGAGGCGCAUAAACAAGAUUUCGAGAAGAAGCGAAAGCCCGCCAAUGAGGGUAGCGAUCUGACUAUAGUAGCCGGCCAGAGCGACGAUUUUGAUGAUGACGAUGAUGAUGACGACGACGAUUCCGCUACUUUGCCAGAAUUGCCUCCCCGGGAUGGUGAGAAUGCAGCCUAA